AUUGGAUCCGAAAUGAAUUAAAAAACAAAAAGACUGGAAUCUCACUUCGCACUCUAUUAUAUUAUUAUUUUACGAUUGCGAGAGAGAGAGAGAGAGAGAGCAACGGAAUAGUACUCAAUACUCUUCGUCUUCGGCUUCUGCAUCACCCUCAUCAUCCCAUUCGGAGGAAGGAUUCGCAGUUGUCUCUCUGAUAUGUAUACAUACAACCCGUGCACACACUGUACCGUCAAUUUUACAUGUUAGAAGAGUCUAUGCAAAUUCGAUUUCACGGAGCCUUAUUUUCAUCUCACUUCGUUUUUCCUCUCUCAGGACACGAAGAUGGAUGGAUCAACUGGGCAAGACACCAGUACUGUUGAUAUGUUUUUGCGGAACUAUAAGCUUGGAAAAACUCUUGGCAUUGGUUCAUUUGGCAAGGUGAAAAUUGCAGAGCAUCUAUUGACAGGUCACAAAGUUGCUAUCAAAAUUCUUAAUCGUCGCAAGAUUAAGAACUUGGAAAUGGAAGAAAAAGUGAGAAGAGAAAUCAAAAUACUGAGGUUGUUUAUGCACCCACACAUUAUACGGCUUUACGAGGUGAUAGAGACACCAACAGAUAUUUAUGUGGUGAUGGAAUAUGUGAAGUCUGGGGAGCUGUUUGAUUACAUUGUGGAGAAGGGUAGGUUACAGGAGGAUGAAGCUCGCAUGUUUUUUCAGCAGAUAAUUUCUGGUGUGGAGUACUGCCAUAGGAAUGUGGUGGUUCAUCGAGACCUUAAGCCUGAGAACCUUCUUUUGAAUUCCAAAUACAAUGUCAAAAUUGCUGAUUUUGGUUUGAGCAAUAUCAUGCGUGAUGGUCAUUUUCUGAAGACAAGUUGUGGAAGCCCAAACUAUGCUGCCCCAGAGGUCAUAUCUGGAAGAUUGUACGCAGGGCCUGAGGUAGAUGUAUGGAGCUGUGGUGUUAUCUUGUAUGCUCUUCUAUGUGGUACCCUUCCUUUUGACGAUGAAAACAUUCCUAACCUUUUUAAGAAAAUUAAGGGUGGGAUAUAUACCCUUCCCAGCCAUUUAUCAGCUGGUGCAAGAGAUUUGCUCCCAAGAAUGCUUAAGGUUGACCCUAUGAAGCGAAUGACUAUCUCAGAGAUCCGUGUGCACCCAUGGUUUCAAGCUCAUCUUCCACGAUAUUUAGCCGUGCCACCACCAGAUACAAUUCAACAAGCCAAAAAGAUUGAUGAAGAGCUUCUUCAAGAGGUUGUUAAUAUGGGAUUUGAAAGGAAUAAUCUUAUUGAUUCUCUUCGUAAUCGGCUUCAAAACGAGGGUACUGUUGCAUAUUAUUUGCUAUUAGACAACCGGUUCCAUGUUUCCAACGGCUAUCUUGGAGCUGAAUUUCUGGAGUCCAUGGAAUAUGGUGUCAAUAGUAUGAGUUCGAACGAGGCUUUAGCUUCACCUGUAGCUCAACGCCUUCCAGGAUAUAUGGACUAUCAAGUUAUGGGGUCAAGACCUCAGUUUCCAGUUGAGAGGAAAUGGGCUCUUGGACUUCAGUCUCGAGCUCAUCCUCAUGAGAUUAUGACAGAGGUUCUCAAAGCUUUGCAAGAACUAAAUGUUUGUUGGAAAAAGAUAGGGUAUUACAACAUGAAAUGCAGGUGGAUACCUGGUAUUCCUGGUCAUCAUGUGGGCAUGGUAAAAAAUCCAAUGCACAGUAAUCAUUACUUUGGGGAUGAGUCCACUAUCAUACAGAAUGAUGAUGUUACAAAAUCAACCAGUAUUGUCAAGUUUGAGGUGCAGAUUUUUUUGGGUCAGAGAAGGCAGGGCUUGGAGAACUCUCUUUCAAUGGCAAGCAGUUUUUUUGGGGGUAGUCGGGAGUUGGGCUUGCACAAGGUUCAAAAUUGGUCAUAAUUUCUACUUAUCAAACACUUCCCUCACCAUAAGCUUUGUACUUAACACAGUUGGAUGUCAAUAGCUGUCUGGUUUAUAAAUUGAUAUUUGUUCUAAUGUAAAGCUCAAGCCAAUAUUUGGAUUUGGAUUUGGAUUUGUACCAUGAAUGUCAUUCAUGGUACUUCUUGCCUUGUGAAGGCUUUGCCUUUUUGAGGUCAAGGGUUCAAGUCCCCUCCCCCUCCUCCCCCAAAAAAAAAAAAAAUUAAGUGCAAGGGUGGGCUUGACAAGUGAGUGGUCAUGUAAGAAUUCUCUGCAGGAUUCCACAAAAAUGACAACAAUUACCUUAGUCAAUCAUAUUGAAUCAUGCCUCAACAAUUACCUUGCUCAUUACAUUCAUUGUUUGGUCCAUUAUAUCGUAUGCUGCUCCUUUAUGUUACCCAUUUUUUUUAGUUUCUGUGCCAAUAGUUUGUCGCUUGAAACCUUACAGAUUUGUGUUUACAGCUUUACAAAACUCGCGAGGAGAAGUAUCUGCUUGAUCUACAGAGGGUCCAGGGGCCACAGUUUAUCUUCCUGGAUCUUUGUGCUGCCUUUCUUGCUCAGCUGCGGGUCCUCUAACAUUAGGAUACCCAUGAAAAGUCCGCCUUUCUCUUUGUAUAUCUUUUAAUGGUGGAGGAGAAAAGCCUGUGCUGUGUAUAACUAGUUUCUUUUCGCUGAAUUUUUGCCACCUUUCACAGAUCUAAGGGGUUAUGUCACGACUUUCUUCCAGUUUCUGUCUGCAACUUCUGUUUCAUUGAUCUGAAGGAUCUUAUGAAUCUCUCUGUGAAAUUUGAAGCUGCAGUUUGUAUCAUGUAAUUGCUAAAUUUCUGCCAGAAUGAGAAAUUGUAUGCAUAGCUUAUUCAGUCCACUAUAUUUAUUUAUUGGGACCGUUAUGGGACUCUGCUGGGAUUUAAUGGGGCCGAAUUUGCCAUGUUCAAGCUGAGAUUAAUGUG